ACAGGGGGUGAAUGUUAUACAUACAGAUAGAGCCUUGAUAUAGAGGACACGGGGGUUUCCUAGCUGCUAUGGUACUAUAUGUCCCAGCAUGUCCUGCCAGCAAAGGGCACGCUCGGACUUGUGGUUUCACAAGAGGAGGUAGCCACAGGGACUGGCGUCAUGGCAUCUGCAGGCUCAGGUCAAGUCAAUGAUGGUCAGAAAUUACUCCUUAAUCUUAAAGUGAAAAAUGCCCCAUUACAGACAGAGCACAGACUCAGAAGAAACCGGAACGUGACGUAUCCGGAACUAAGGUCUACUCCUGAUGAAGAAGCCGCAGAAUGUGAGAUGAUAUUUGAACACGGUCACUUCGCUCUAGACAAAGUCAGGACCAUCAACUCGCAGCCGCAAAAUUUGGAGAACGGCUCCUGCCAGACCCCAAAAAGCCAAAAUGAGACCAAUGACAUCACUGUGAUAGUGAACGGAGACUGUGCCCACACACCCGGUACAAGCGAUAUGACCUCUACAGGAGGCACUGUACCCAGCAGCAUUACAGGUUCUACCCCCUCCCCGGGCUCAGGGUUGCCUCCAGAGACAAUUGGGGAGACCGCCGAGACCCCCUCAUUGCCAUCUACUGCUGCCACCCCAUCCUUAGACGGCUUGCCAUCUGGGUGGGAGCAGAGGGAGCUCGGCAACGGACGUGUUUAUUUUGUAGACCACAACACGAAGACCACCACCUGGGAGAGACCUCUGCCCCCAGGAUGGGAGAAACGGGUGGAUAGCCGAGGCCGCUACUACUAUGUGGACCACAACACUCGUACCACCACCUGGCAGAGACCUACUGCAGAGUAUGUCCGCAAUUACGAGCAAUGGCAGACACAGAGGAAUCAGCUGCAGGGCCAAAUGCAACAACUGAGUCAGCGAUACCUGUACCAGUCGCCAUCCACUGCUCCAGACAAUGAUCCACUUGGACCUCUACCCAAUGGAUGGGAGAAGCGACAAGACAACGGGAGGGUUUAUUACGUGAACCACAACACACGUACCACUCAGUGGGAAGACCCCAGGACACAGGGUAUGAUCCAGGAGCCAGCACUGCCACCAGGAUGGGAAAUGAAGUAUACCAGUGAGGGGAUCCGUUACUUUGUAGAUCAUAAUAAUCGCACCACAACCUUUAAGGAUCCAAGGCCUGGCUUUGACUCAGGGGUUAAAUCAGGGGGAUCACCCGGAGCUUAUGAUCGCAGCCGAAGCUUCCGCUGGAAAUACCAUCAGUUUCGGUUCCUGUGCCAUUCAAACACACUCCCGAGUCACGUGAAGAUCAGCGUAUCUCGACAGACGUUGUUUGAAGAUUCCUUCCAGCAGAUCAUGAACAUGAAACCAUAUGAUCUCCGCCGGCGCCUUUACAUCAUCAUGCGUGGUGAGGAAGGUUUGGACUAUGGAGGCAUUGCCAGAGAAUGGUUCUUUCUGCUGUCUCACGAGGUACUGAAUCCCAUGUACUGUCUGUUUGAAUACGCCGGCAAAAACAACUACUGCUUGCAGAUUAACCCGGCCUCAUCCAUAAAUCCUGACCACCUUACCUACUUCCGGUUCAUCGGACGCUUUAUUGCAAUGGCUCUCUACCAUGGAAAAUUCAUAGACACUGGAUUCACUCUGCCAUUCUACAAGAGGAUGCUGAACAAGAAACCAACAUUGCGAGACUUAGAAUCCAUUGAUUCAGAAUUCUACAAUUCCAUUAUGUGGAUUAAGGAAAACAACUUGGAAGAGUGUGAGCUGGAGCUUUACUUUGUGCAGGACAUGGAUAUCCUAGGGGAGGUGACGUCACACAAGCUGAAAGAGGGUGGAGAAAACAUCCGAGUGACGGAGGAUAACAAGGAAGAAUUUAUCACGCUUCUUACAGACUGGCGAUUCACACGUGGGGUAGAGGAACAGACCAAUGCUUUUUUGGAUGGUUUCAAUGAAGUUGCCCCAUUGGAGUGGCUGCGGUACUUUGACGAGAAGGAACUGGAGCUGAUGCUCUGUGGGAUGCAGGAGAUGGAUCUGAAUGAUUGGCAGAAGAAUACAAUCUAUCGGCACUAUACCAAGAACAGCAAACAGGUCCAGUGGUACUGGCAGGUGGUAAAAGAGAUGGACAAUGAGAAACGCAUUCGGUUGCUGCAGUUUGUGACGGGAACGUGUCGCCUUCCUGUGGGUGGAUUCUCAGAACUGAUCGGCAGCAAUGGACAUCAGAAGUUCUGCAUUGAUAAGGUUGGGAAAGACACUUGGCUGCCGCGCAGUCACACCUGCUUCAACAGGCUGGAUCUGCCGCCUUAUAAGAGUUAUGAGCAGCUGAAGGAGAAGUUAUUUUUUGCCAUUGAGGAAACAGAAGGUUUUGGCCAAGAAUAACACCAGCACCAUUUGGAAUGAAGACAGCCGGGAGGAGGCUGAUCAAGAUCCCAAUUGGACUCGAGACACGACCUGGAUUCAGAAUAUAGGUGUCCAGUCCUCAGAGGUCUUGUAUGCAAAAAUCAGCAUGUUGGAAAGAGUCAUUUAGACCGUGCAACUCUAAAGCACAAGUGGUCACUGUGAUCGCACGGCUAAUAUGAAGCUGAAGAUCAGCAGCGACACCACUUUGGCUCAGCCCAAUAAAUAGCAGCCUUCACUGUUUUUAGGUUGACUCUAAGGAAAUGCCUGGACCAUAAACUGAGACUGUGAGUAGUAGGGCGUAUGAUCAUCCCGAUAGGAAUUAUGGCUUUAAUAAAUGCUUUUCUAUGUUUUUCCCCAGAUAUAUUUCCACCACUGGGAACUAGUUUGCACAUAUAUUAUUUCCUUUUGAAUUUCCCCAGCUUCUGCCAUUGUCUUAUAGGCUGAAAAUGAGAGGGCGCAGGCAGAAAGGGGGGAAAGGCUUGUUUACCUAUUCCUCUUCCUUGUGCAGUUUUUAACACACCAAAAAAUCCGUAAAACAAAUAAUCAAUGUUUUUAUUAGUGCUUUCUGAAACUCUUACACCAUGUUAAAGAAUUUUAAAGGCAGCAUGUUCUAUUUUUAUUUCAUCCAUCUGAGCUAAGUCAUUUUACAUUUCAGAAUAUCAGAAAUCUAUGAAAAUGUAAAAUAAUUUAGAUGUUUUAAUCGCCUAUUAGCGUUGCUAAAAUAAUACAGUGGGAGGGGUGUCAUCUCAAACCGCAGUGCAGGAGAACAUGAAAUGUAUCAGUAGGUGCCGCCAGCUUACAUGUGAUGCACAGAUGUGUGUGUACCGGCACAGCCUGCAGUGAGCACUACAGAGAUGUAGUCAGUAAUGUCCGAUUGGUGAGAUAUGAGGGCCAAUCAGCAGAGCCCAGCAAUCGGGCCACACACGCUGCUGACCCCCAGCUUAUAGGCUUUUAUCUUACAGAAGUGUAGAUUCCCAAAACCGUUUUUAUUGAUUGACUGAAUUGAAUGUAACUAAUGUAUACAUUUAGGCCUAUGGAGUAGCCGUUUGCCUAGGCGCAAUUUAGCUAGAGGCUUUCAUAUUGAGGAAGGUUAAAUCACUGGCACAUUGCACGUUUUAAAGCUGAAAUAUUAGGUUUCAAUUGUACAAUUAAUUGCUGCAUCCAUGUGACCAUACAUGCACUAUUAGAUAUUACAACACAUUUUCAGGCAUCUGUAGUCUGGAUAAUCACAGUAUUGUCUUAUGACAUGGCUACAGUUGAACUAGAACUCCCAGAAUACUUGCAGCGUACACCAGAACUGGAGGAGUUAGAUCCAUAUAAACAGAACUCUGCAUCAGGAUGUGUCCCGGACAGUUGUACAUGCUCAGUGCAUAGCAAUGAGAGAGUCCUAAUUAUCUUAUUGUGAUUUACGGCGGUCCGUUAGUGGGAAAAUAAUAAUAAUCAGUCCUUUUGUUUGUGCACCUUGAAUGACAAGUCAGAAAGGCUCCAAUACUCUUACAAUCAUGUUCUCUAAAUACAUUACCUUUUUGUUUUCAGUUUAUAUCAUGUUUUCAAAUACAGAUACUGUACAUAGCGUGUAUAUAAUAAAUGAUGGUGUGACAUAUAUGUAUUAAAUUGGUAAUGUGCAAGAGCCUUUACCAGAGAUUGUAUAGGACGGAUCUGCAUCAAUGAUGCUUAAUUUCAUAUGCAAUAAAUACACAGGUUUGUAUACAA